GUUUAAGAUGGCUUAUUUCAUGGCGUUAGAUAAAUUGAACUAAAAUGUCUGAGUUUCAAGAAUACCUUGAAAACGUGCUAAUAAAUUGCAAUAGGAGAGAUCACGAACAGGUGAAGCUAGGAUUGUCCGAAUUAGACGAAUUAUUAACAAAGCUUUGCGUUCUUAAAUAUGAUGAACUGACGUAUGAGCCAAGCGCAGUGAGGAAAAGUGGAAGUUUGCCCUCUAUUGCUGAACGACAGGCAACAAUAAGUAAGAGUGGCUUGGCGAACGGUUUAGCGACUCAUUAUCAGCGGAGGUGGAAACUGCCCAAAGUUGGUGAUGUGGUGUUCGGAGAAUUUUUGACUCUCCAAGACAAAAUACAAUAUAAUGUGGUGUCGCAACUCAUACAGAUUAUCCCGUUUGUUAGUACGUUCAAAGAAAAUGAGUCACUAAGGGUACUUUUCAGAAUAUUGCAAGGCUGUUUUCUCCUUCAUCCUCCAUCUCGCAAUCUUAUCACAUACGAGUCCAAAAUGUGGGUUCUAUUGGAAUUUCUCAGCCCAAGAUAUAGCCCACAGGUCAUUGAAGCUCUUAUACCUGUUCUGGUGAGUUCGCUUGUUCGGAAUGUUCCAAAUAUAAGAAUUUUUGAACGGUUAGGAGGUCCGCAAUACCUAUGUGAAUUGUUGACACAUAAGUCUGACGUUGCAGGUUUGGCCCGUGAAUGGAAAGAAGUACAAGUGAAGGUGCUGGAAUUCCUAUUUUUUUAUCUGAUCCCAGAGUCUCAAAAUAUGGAGUCAAAUUCCUCGUUGAGGCAUCCAGUCGCAUCUAAGAACGAAAGGUCAAGUAAUGUAAAAAAUCACGAGGACGGGCACCGAAGGAAAGGCACAAAUGAAAAAGCUACAAUACUUAAUAGGUAUCUGAAUGGAGAAAUUACCAAAGGGUUAGUGGCCGAAUUGCAGACAAGUAAGCCAUUUGGUGAAAUGAACAUAGAAUGGUGAAAUUUCAAUUUGCAUUAGUCGUUCUAUCAGAUACGUUCAAGGAGUGUCCUUAUUGCAUUAUGAAUAGUCGCGCGUAAAUUAUCAUUCCCAAGCUUGAAAUCUUUGGGCUUACAAUUUGGGAUUUGCCAAUUUCUCGCGUCCCUUGCUCAUGAAGCUAGAAACUGGGUGAACAAACCUAUUAAGGCACUUAAUACUAAAGUACCAAACAUCCAGCUAUUAGGACUGUACACUUAGAGUUCUUGGGAGACAAGUGCGUCCUCCUCAAUUUGAAACGAGUAUUCUGAAUUUUGGACUCAUCUGUGUUCACUAGUCACAUGACCAAGAGUCACGCGACAGAGCUUACUAAGCUCCGUAUUCGGUUAUAGCUACUGUCAAUGCCUCGUGCGGGACACAAAAAGUCGGACUCGAGUUCGGAUUUCCUGCAAAAUUCUGCCCUCAGAAUUAACGAGCGCCCGGCAUCGCGGGCUGGGGCGCAUGAAAAACCUAC